AUGGCCACCAAGCAACAAAUUGCAGAUCUUACUGUAAUUGUGAAUCAACACACUCAAUCAAUCUCCACUAUCGAAUCAGACAUCGCUGUUUUGAAAACCUCAAGUGCUAAUGUUGGAUCUCAACUAGCUGUCAUUCUUAACCCGUUGAAAGAAAAUCAUCAAACCCACUCAGAUCCACAUAUUGAUGAUGAUACAGAAGCUUCAAAUCAUUCUACCAAUGGAUUUCAACAGAUUAUCGAAACCUUAUCUGCUUCUUCCAGUAGGUUUUCUCGUACACCGAAGGUAGAUUUUCCAAGAUUUAAUGGUUCCAAUCCUCAUAGCUGGGCUCUUAAAUGUGAACGUUAUUUUGCUUUUCACAAAUUUCCUGCUGAAGAUCGCGUCGAUAUGGCCGCAAUUCACUUUGACAAUCAGGUUGAUUCAUGGUGGCUAAACUAUCAACAAGGUAAAGAAUCUAUUCAAUGGAGUGAUUUUAUUCGUGGUUUGUGUAUUCGAUUUGAAGAUAUUUCUCAGGAUGAUUAUAUGGGUAGUUUUAACAAAUUAGCUCAAACUACAACUGUGGAGGAGUACUUUGAUAAAUGGGAACAUUACAAGGGUUUUAUGGUUGCUAACAAUCCUUCCUUACCAGAGAGCUUUUAUACCCUCAGUUUUAUCAGUGGGUUGAAAGAUGAGAUACGCAAUACUGUAAAGAUGUUUAAACCUGAAACUACAUCUGAAGCUUUUUUCUUAUCCAGAAUGCAACAAGCCUCAAUGUGUCAUCAACCAAAACCCCUUAAAACCUUCUUUAGACCUUUUGUUCCUACACCAUUAUCUGUAGCACAUCCAGCUUCAGCUAUUAAACCAUUCUUCUCUUCAUCGCUUACUUCUAAUAAACAAAAUACUUCAGUCACUACUCCCAUUGUGACACACCCCACCACUCCUACUAAAACAUCACCUGACAACUCAAUUCCACCCAUUAAGAGACUUACUCAUGCUCAAAUGCAGGUAAGAAAAGACAAAGGGUUAUGUUAUAAUUGUGAUGAAUUCUAUAGACAAGGCCACAGGUGCAAAACUCAACAACUAUUCAUGUUGAUUUCUGAUGAAGAAGUAGAAGAACAUGAACACCUACACACUGCAGAACCUAUUGUUACUUCUCCCACCACUGAAGAGUCUCCCAUUGAGAUCUCUUUACAUGCCUUAACUGGUCAUGUUGUUCAUGACACAAUAAGAAUUUCUGGUCAUUUGAACAACCACCCUAUUAUGGUUUUGGUGGAUACUGGCAGUACCCAUAGUUUCAUUGACUCGGCAUUGGUGGACAAACUGCACUUACAUGCCUCUCCUACAGGUCAAAUGUUGGUCACAGUAGCUAAUGGGGACAACAUUACAAGUAGAGGUCUAUGUCACAAUCUUCAUUGGGAAAUGCAGGGAUACCAUUUCUCCUCUACUUUGAGAGUUCUACCACUAGGAGGAUAUGACAUGGUCUUGGAAGAUGACUGGUUACAGCAAUUAGGGGAUGUUACAUUCAAUUUUGCUCAACUGAAGAUUUCUUUCAUCCACCAGGGGAGCUAUAUCACACUACAUGGGAGUUCUUCUAAACCUUCACUUAAUCUUAUUACUGGUUCUUCUUUUAGGAAGUUUCUCAAAAAUAAUACCCCUACCUUAAUUGGCCAGUUUUUUGCCAUCUCUUCCACACCAUUAACUCCUGUGCCACCCCAAAUUUCUGAAGUUUUGGACUCUUUUCCUGAGAUCUUUGAUGAACCAACUACCUUACCUCCUCCCAAAGCCUUGGACCACAAAAUUCCCCUUAACCCUAACUCUACACCUCCUUCACAAAGGCCUUAUAGGUGCCCAUACAUUCACAAAGUUAUAGUUGAACAAAUGGUCCAAGAAAUGUUGUCUGCUGGUUUAAUUCAAACAAGUCAUAGCCCUUUUGCUUCUCCCAUUCUCCUGGUUAAAAAGAAAGAUGACACAUGGAGAUUCUGUGUAGAUUAUAAACAACUCAAUGAUGUGACUAUUAAAGAUAAAUUUCCUAUUCCAUUGAUUGAUGAGUUGCUAGAUGAAUUGAAGGGAGCUAUCAUAUUUUCUAGAUUGACUUAA